AAAUUAUUACGCAUCCUAAGAACUUUACAAUAAAAGAAGGACUCCCCAUGACCUUAUUUUGUAACGCGACCGGAAAUCCACCACCAACACUAUCAUGGACCAAAGAUGGAUCUCCUUUAAAUGACACCCAAGGGAUAACUUUUUCAGGAGACAACAAGACACUGUCUAUAGCGAGUAUUAACAGAUCGGAAAGCGGAAAUUACAGAUGUGUUGCCAGCACCGGCCUUGGAAAUGAUCUCUCAAAUCCUGCAAAAGUCGACAUACAGUUUGCACCUGAAAUCGUGGAAAAUCCGAAGGAUGUCACCAUAGUCGAGGGAGAAGAUGUUGUGUUUAGUUGCACGGUAGAUGGAAAUCCUUCACCAAGAGUCACUUGGACGAAGAACGAGGAAAAACUGAACACAACAACAAAUCUACAACUAACAGCGUCGUCACUGAACAACAAGCACAGUUUGACAAUCAGAGAUGUUCAUCGAUCGGAUUCGGGACAAUACAGAUGUGUGAUUAUUAAUAGUGUUGGCAACAUAACAUCAUCUCCAGGAGAUCUAAAUGUACAAUGUAAGUAACGUACAAAAUCCCUUUAUCGUUAAAAAUAACUACAGUUG